CGGCACCGACUCAGACCGAAACGGGCCGGUGGCGGGGCGAGCGGAAAGAAGAAUAACGUUCUUUAAAAAAAAAAAAAAUUAACGCAAAAACUAGCCUAGUAGGCAGUAGCCUAGGUGUUGACUUGCCUCAGGUCUUCAGCUCUUCACCGUUUCCUCUCUCCUUCCAUCUGUCUGGAAUUUUUUCUCUCGAUUCCUUUUCUUCCCUUUUCCACCGUCCCACGGUUGCGUUCUCAAUUCCCUACCUAAAUAUCUCCAAAAUCACAGCUUUGCCAAUCAUCCUCUGCUGCCACUCUCUCUAUUUCACAUUUACGAUUCUUUAUUUUAUUCGAAAUUUUCACCUUUGAUCGAUUUUGUCAUAGGGUCCAUUCUCAUUCUUUGUUUGGUUGCUAAGAAACCAGAGGGAACAAGCAAAAUUAAGCAAUUUUUUUUUAUUGAGAACGAUUUUGUACAGAAUGGCUUCCUCUUCUUCUGCAGCUCCUGAAUGGAAAUAUGAUGUGUUCAUUAGUUUCAGGGGUAGAGAUACCCGUGAUAAUUUUACCCAUUUUCUUUAUAAAGCAUUAUAUCAGAAGGGAAUUGAGACUUUCAUAGAUAAUAAGUUGAAUAGAGGAGAGGAGAUCUCCCCAGAGCUAUUGAGAGCGAUUGAAGAAUCGAUGGUUGCUGUAAUUAUUUUCUCACAGAACUACGCGGAUUCACCAUGGUGCUUGGAGGAGCUCGUGCAUAUCAUGAAAUGCAAGAAGGCCCAUGGGCAGAGUGUUCUACCGGUUUUUUACCGCGUAGAUCCUUCCGAUGUGGAGAACCAAAUUGGGGAUUUUGGGAAGGGAUUUGAUAGAGCUAAAGAACAAUCACAAGCUAAUGGAGAUAUGCGCAUUGUGAAGAAGUGGAGAGCUGCUUUGAGGGACGCAGCCAAUCUAUCAGGGUAUGAUUCAGCUGUUUCCAGACCUGACUCCACCCUUAUCAAUGAAAUUGUAAAUCAUGUAUUGAAGAAGUUGAAUCAAACAUCAUCAAAUGAUACUGAGGGACUGAUUGGAAUAGAAUCCUCCUUGGAACAAGUGGAAAAAUUAUUAAAUAUUGAAUUUCCUGAUGUUCGCAUUAUAGGAAUUUGGGGCAUGGGUGGUAUAGGCAAAACGACCAUUGCUGGUGUUAUCUUUAACCGCAUAUCUGCUCUAUUUGAUAGUUGCUGCUUCCUUGCAAAUGUUAGGGAAGAAUCAGAGAAAAUGGGACUCCCUCGUUUACAACAAGAACUUUUCUCAAUGUUGUUAGAUGACAAUCUAAACAUGCAUAUGCUUAGCACAGAACCUGCUUCUAUAAAAACUAGGCUCAACAGGAAGAAGGUUUUUAUUGUUCUUGAUGACGUGAAUAGUUCAAGACAGCUAGAACUUUUAGCAGGGGUUCAUUGGUUUGGUCUUGGUAGUAGAAUCAUUGUAACAACUAGAGAAAGACAAUUGCUAGUUAGCCAUGGAGUGAAUUUUAUAUAUGAGGUCAGGGAUCUAAAUGAGGACCAUGGACUUGAGCUCUUUAGUCGGUAUGCCUUUAGGCAGAAACAUCGCACAGAAGAAUUUAUGGAGCUUUCGAUGCGUGCUAUUGAUUAUUGCAAAGGGCUACCAUUAGCGCUUAAAGUUUUGGGUUCUUCACUAUAUGGUAGGAGUGAGAGAGAAUGGAAUGCUUCCUUAAAUAGACUGGAGAAACAUUUUAACAAAGAAAUUCAGCAAACCCUUAGAAUAAGUUUUGAUGCACUUGAUGACUUAAACAAGUCAUUAUUUCUUGAUAUUGCAUGUUAUUUCAGAGGGCAUGACAAAGAUUAUGUAACAAAAAUUCUGACGAGCUUUGGGUUCCAUCCUGACAGUGGAAUAGGAGAACUUAUUGAUAAUUCUCUAGUAACGGUAUUUGACAACACAUUGGGAAUGCAUGACUUACUACAGGACAUGGGUCGGGAGAUUGUGCGCCAACAAUCCCUUAAAGAUCCUGGCAAACGUAGUCGGCUGUGGGACCAUGAAGAUGUUGUGCAAGUGUUGCUGCUAGGGUUGGGGACAGAACAUGUUGAAUGCAUAGUCAUAGACUUGUCUAAAACAGACGAGAGGCAUUUCGAAGCUGAUGCAUUUAUGAAGAUGAAAAAUCUACGAUUGAUUGAUGUCCAUGGUGCCUUUGGAGACCGCAAGGUGCACCUUUCUGGAAACUUCGAAUUUUUAUAUCAUGAAUUAAAAUGUCUCUGUUGGGAAGGGUACCCCCUGAAAUAUUUGCCAUCAAACUUUAAUCCAAAGAAGAUCAUUAUGAUUGAAAUGCCUCGGAGCUCCAUUAAACAACUCUGGAAAGGAGUCCUGCAUCUCGACAAGUUGCAAUUUAUAGAUCUCAGUCAUUCCCAAAGUCUAACUGAGACACCAGACUUCACGGGAGUCCCAAAUCUUGAGAAAUUGAUUCUUGAAGGUUGUACAAGCCUCUCUAAGGUUCACCCAUCUCUUGGAGUACUCAAAAAGCUUGCUUUGUUGAAUUUGAAGGACUGCAGCUGCCUUCGGAGCCUUCCAACAGGCAUUGAAUUGGAAAAUCUCAAUACUCUUAUUCUUUCUGGCUGCUCUAAACUUGGAAGGUUUCCAGAAAUUGUGGGAAAUAUGGAACACUUAUCAAAAGUUUCCCUAGAUGGGAUUGCCAUAUCUGAACUGCCUCUUUCAAUUAAAAAUCUCACUGGGCUAGUUUUCUUGAGUAUGAGAAACUGUAAGAACUUUGGGAGUCUUCCAAGCAACAUUAAUCUUUUGAAAUCACUGAAAAAUCUUGAUCUUUUUGGUUGCUCAAAGCUUGAUAGUUUACCUGAGAGCUUGGGGUAUCUAAAACGUUUGGAGAAGCUGGAUGUAGGCGAAACUGCUGUAACAGAACCACCAUCCUCCAUUAGACUAUUGGAAAAUCUAAAAGUGUUAUCUUUUCGUGGAAGUAAACCGAUAGCAUUUCAUUGGCUCUACAAUUGGAUGCCCACAUUUAGAAAAACACAUGAUUAUGUGGGUCUAUCAUUGCCUUCUUUAAAAGGUUUACAUUCUCUAACAGAACUAGACCUCAGUGACUGCAACCUUUCAGAGGAAAUGAUACCUGGAGACUUUUAUUGUCUAUCCUCACUGCAGGUAUUAAAUAUAAGCAGAAAUAAUUUUGUAAAUACACCUGCAAGCAUCAGUCAACUUCCUCAGCUGCGAUAUCUCUAUUUGGAUGACUGCAAGAAUCUUAAGGCUUUGCGAAAGCUUCCAGCAACCAUACAUGAAAUAUCUGCAAAUAAUUGCAUCUCACUAGAAACAUUAUCAAGUCCAGAUGCAAUUGCAGGUAAAUGGAUGUGGCCAAUUUUCUACUUCACUAAUUGUUUCAAGCUUUCUGUGAAUCAAGGUGGUGACAGUAUGCCAUUUAAAUUUUUAAGAAGCCAUUUGCAGUCUUUAUCAAUGAAUCAGCUUCAGGAUGUCUCAUUUCCAGGAUGUAGAUUUGAUGUUAUUGUUCCUGGAAUUGAAGUUCCAAAUUGGUUCAUCCAACAACAUAUGGGCCCAUCAGUUGUCAUACCGUUACCUCCAAAUUGGUACAAUGAAAAGUUCAAGGGACUGGCUGUCUGUCCUGUAUUUGCAAUCCGUGAGAAUCCAGAUUUGCUUACUGAUGGUCCAGCUUCAGAUAUAGCGAUCUAUUGCACGUUGGAAGCUAUUGACUGUUCUCGGACUUCUAUCUUUAAAUUUCUCAUCUAUAGAAUCCCAUCUAUUCAGUCAGAUCACCUUUGGAUGGGCUUUCAUUCCCGAAUAGGAUUUGGUAAAUCAAAUCAGUUGAACAAGUGUCGCUAUCUUAGAGCUUCAUUUGAAUCACCUUUCCCAGGCUUGGAAGUGAAAAAAUGCGGAAUCCGUUUAGUUUAUGAUCAAGAUGAGAAUGAGUACAAUCCCGUGGCUGGGGAAUCCAGCCAUCCUUGUGACAAUUUAGGUCUUGUCAAUCAAGCUCUUCAUGAGCCCAUGGUGGUAGAUGAACGUAGCAAGGUGAAGAGAAGCCAUCAUGACUAUAAUAUGGCUGGACCCAGUAAAAGUGGAAGUUUUGAUUUGGAAGAGGAGCCAUUCCCUAAACGUCUAAAAAAUUUCUAGACAAAAUCAGGUUUUCCACAGAAAUUUUGGAUCUUCUGAUGAUGAAACAGCUGAGGGAAUCACUUAACCAGUAAAUGUGAUACUGUUGAUAUUUCAUGGUAGGAGUAGAAUUUCUUUCUACAUAUAUCAUGGUGGAGAAAUAUGCCUGUCUAGUGGGAUAUCUUUGCAGUCUCUUCACAUUUGUUCUUUGCCUGAGAAGCAGCUUUUGAUAUGGAACGGCACUACAAUGCGGUUUUACAAAUGAAUUGGAAUGCCAUUUUUUCUAAACACUUGCAGUAUCAUUUUUUAUCUGAGUUGACAGAAAUUUAAGAAUCUUUGAGAUGUAACUGUAGAUGUAAUUGGAAUGGUACUGCAAUGCGGUUCUACAAAUGAACUGGAAUGCCAUUUUUUUAA